AAAUAAACUCACGUUUGAAAUUUGAAAUUUUUAAAUCGCCGGCCGUGAAAAAAAUAAUUAAUUAAUUGAAUAAAAGGGCUCGACGUCGAGGUGGGGUUUUUGUCCGUGUCGGCGACGAGGAUCCGCUUGACGUUCGCCCCGUCGUCCCUCGGCCUCGACGAAAUGACAGGUUCCUCCGCCGGCGAAAUCUAACUGUAGUUUUCUCGUCGUCAAUGGCUCAGCGAACCUCAAAAAGCCCUUCUAGAUGAUCUGACCACCGAGGCGGGAAUUUGGUGGAAUUUUAUUUUCGGUUUCCCGUUGAGAGUUGAUGCGACGAGGCGGCCCACACGAAAAUGCCAAACGAGAGAUGUGCAUUUUAUAAAGAGACACUAAAGUUAUAGGUUUGGAGGCUACGUUAAUUACUAACUAUAAAACUUCAAACAAAAAAAAUGGUGCUUGUUGAAUUGAAAAUAUUAGAACAUAGUGCUUAAGGAAGUGCAUAUUUUACAUUAUCUCUAUGGAUUACAGAUUUCGGAAACAUUUAUGAACAAUAUGAGGAUUCUAUUAAUUUUAAAAUCAAUUGCGAGAAUAUUGUUUGUAACAUUAAACAAUAUUUAUUGCAUCCCAACUUUUUGUGUGUGGAUGCUUUUCUUUCAACCUUUAAGGUAUUAUAGACCUAAUCUCUAUUGGAAAAUAGAGGGAACAUUUUUCCAUUGGUUGCUUGCAAUGGUGAGCAUGUGGAGUUGGUCUGCGGGUUAUGACAUUGUAGAAAUAGGAGAUGAUAUACGCUUAUGUGUGGAUGACCGGACGUUGGUAAUUGCGAAUCACCAAUCCACAGCAGACGUACCUAUGUUAAUGGCAAAUUUUAAUGCCAAACCUUGUGUUCUUCCAAAUAUAAUGUGGAUUAUGGAUCGCGUCUUUAAAUUCACAAAUUUUGGUAUUGUUUCCAUAAUACACGAAGACUUUUUUAUUUUAUCGGGCAAAGCUGCCAGAGAUGAGGCAGUGACUCUUUUAAAAACACAUUUAAAAGAAUCGUACAUUCCUUUAAAUAGAAAAUUAAUGGUCCUUUUUCCAGAAGGAGGAUUUUUAAGAAAACGGAGAGAAGCUAGUAAACGAUACGCAUUAAAAAAUAAUCUUCCUAUGUUAAACAAUGUCUCUUUACCACGCAUGGGAGCCAUGCAUGGAAUCAUGGAUGUGUUAGGCCCACAGGGUGAUGACAAAUCCCAGGAAGUUCGACAGUCCAAAGAUACUCUCAGAUGGGUUUUGGAUAUUACUAUCGCUUAUCCAGAAGGGAAGCCCCUAGAUUUGCCAACAAUUGUUACUGGAUCAAGAAAACCAUGUCAAACCUUCCUAUUUUACCGUCUUUUUCCGUCCGUAGAGUUGCCGAAGAAACAAGAAGAAGUUACUCAAUGGUUGUUUACAAGGUGGGAAGAGAAAGACAAAAUAUUAGAAGAGUUUUACAAAACUGGUGAAGUACCGGUCUCAAAGUAUUGUUCUUCGCCUUUGCCCCCUCAAAAGGUCCAACAGGAUCCAUUGAGGUUCUUUUUACUUCAUCUUUUUUUCAUAGCUUCGUCUUAUUUACAUUUCAAAAUGUUAUUGUAUAUCGUUUCUUGUAUAUGGUAACCUUUGCUGUAGUAUUACAACAAAAUAUCAAAGAACAUUUUCCAAAGAUUGAAAUGAAAACUGAGGCAACAAACAUAAUCUAAACAAAUUUAGGACAAAAGGAUCAAAGUUAUUUUUAUUUGUAACAGUUACCUUAUGUUUUAAAUUAUCUACAUGUUCUCCAUUAGAGAACUCCCCCUGCUGAUUACAUUUUAGACAUUCCGAAAAUUUGGGCCUAUACAUGUCUGUAAUCUAUCCCAGGAAAAUAUUAGUUUUUAAUUACUUUAUUUUACUAACUUUUUUAUGUAAAUAUUGUAAGAUGUGAUCUACGUCCUUUGUAAUUUAUAAGAAAUUAGGAUAAUUUUUAUCUUACUUUUUUUGGGAGGGUGGGGUGGAAAAGAAGUGAACAAUCCAAAAUUCAAUUGUCACUCUUAAAAUUUUGAACACUUGUUUACAACUCAAUUAUGUUAACGCAAUAAAACAUGUUUAUUAAAACAUUAUUUCCAUUUAAAGUAAAAACUAGUAAGAAGCAAUUACAAGUUCAAAAUCGUUUCAUUUUUCCCCGCGUUAGUCAUACGAGUAGUUACUUAUAUUUAUUUUAUUCGGCACCAAAGUUUAGUACAUUAGGGUGCCUUUAUUAAUUUAAUUAUCACAUGGUUGUGAGAAUGAAAGCCAAAAAUGGGUUACAUGUUGCGUUGUAAUUUUAUUUAUUUUGAGUAAAUUAACUCACCAUUCAAGCACAAUUAAUUUCAUGUAGUACUUUUCCUUCUUCAGCUGUUCAGUGAAUACUCAUUCUUUCACAGUUGAUUUUUUUUUUUUUUUAAACUUGUACA